CGUGUCCCGUUCCGUAUUGAGGACGCUUCUCCAUGGCUGAAAGCAAAAGAAUUCCUUGUUGUUAAGAAACCGCGCAGCGCAAAUAAAAAGUGAGCGAAAGAAAACCGACUCUUGACAUUUCUCCCCGAAAAUCCGAACAAUUAAAUCUAAAUCGCUUUCCAUCUUAAUUUCAAACCCUAACAAUUCCCAAUUCUUUCUAACAAAACCCCACCUCCAUGACCCGACCCGUCAAACGCGAACCCCACAUUACUCCCCAUCCUGCUGCUGCUGGUAGUACUAGCAGCAGCAGCAGACUCAAUAAUGGUGGAGCCGAAACGAGCGAUAUGGACAGUCAAGAGGCCACUGAACGGAGACAUCUCCGUUCACGUUACCGUGACGUGAAGAGAAUCAUAAUUGAUGGAAGAGAGGACGUUGAAAGGGUUGAUUCUGAUAAGUUUAAUUCCAUUAUUAAUCAAGUGGAGGACUUGCACAAAUUGGUGCAGAAACCUAGAGAACAAGUUGCUGAUGCAGAGGCUUUAUUGGAUAUAACAAACUCUUUGGUAGCCUCUGUUAAGGCGCAUGGACAUGAUGGAAUAACACCUUCAGAUUUUGUCAAUGGUCUCCUUAGAGAUUUUGGCCGACAAGAUGGGCCUAGUACUAGUGCUGACGGUAGCAGAAAUUUGAUUGCUUGGAAAGAUAUUGGAGUUGCUGUCUCACAUAUUUUCAGUAGUUGUCCUGGAUGCUGUACCAUGGUUGGGCCGAUGGAUACUGAGUUAAAGCAACGGAAGGCUGUUGUUGGUAGAAGACGUACAAGACCAACCGGAAGUGUUCAACCGGAAGAGGUCAAUGACAGUGGUGCAAAGGAGAGAACAGAUACUGACAAAAAUAUGGCAACUAUGUUUAGUAUUUUAAAGAAUAAAAGAAGUGUCAAGCUUGAAAAUUUGGUUUUGAAUAGAAACUCUUUUGCACAGACAGUGGAGAAUUUGUUUGCUUUGUCAUUUCUAGUUAAAGAUGGAAGGGCUGAAAUAAAAGUGAAUGAGAAUGGCUGGCAUCUUGUUUCUCCAAGGAAUGCGCCUGAUGCUGGUAAAGUAGUCUCAGGGGAGGUAGCUUACCGGCACUUUGUCUUCAGAUUUGACUUCAAGGAUUGGAAGUUGAUGAUAUCUGCUGUUGAGGUAGGGGAGGAGCUAAUGCCAAAUAGGAAUCAAAUAAACAUGCCAAGUGAUAGCCUAGCAGAUCCGAUACCUGUAGAAUCUCAGGCAGGAGGACCUACCACUCCCAUUCGGAAGUUCUCCAGGAACCGUGGUUUGGUUUUACAAGAGAAGACAGUUGUGGAAGACUCCACUCCCGAGAACGAUAAUAUCCAAGUAAGAAUACCCGCUAUUCGGAAAGGGAAGCGAAAAAUGAGGUGAGAAUGUAAGCAUGCGGGGGGAUUCAGCCAGAAGAUAUUGGGACCUCCCCAUGAGUCAGUCAUAUAGUCGUGUACAUGCAUAGAAUGAUAGAGGUCAAUUAGUAUUUUAGCAUUUAGGCCAUCAUAUGGAUUCUUUUUGGUAGAAAUUUGAGAAGCAAAUUAGCAACCA